AUGGAGGGACUCUUCACUUUGCUCGCUUUGAGCAUUGUGAUGGCAAUUACAUCCUUCGUUGUUGGCUCAUUACCGCUCGCCUUUACACUAUCCCCCUCGCAGUUGCGAUUGAUUUCUUCCCUCGGAAUGGGCGUUUUGGUUGGCACAUCUUUAAUUGUUAUCAUUCCGGAGGGUGUGGAAACUCUUUACAGUGCGAGCUCGCAUAAUGAUCGAAAAGGUCUCAGCACUCGUUCAAUGACGGCCGUGGAAUGGCAACACCGAUCAUUUCCGGCUGUCGCUGCGGUCGAUUUUUCCAACUCGAACAAGGAAGCAGAUUCUACACUUCCACUCAUACAGACAGUGCACGUCACGCGCGACGACCAGUCUGAAUUGCGGCAGCGAGAGGACGAGGCUGAGUCGAAUAAGGUUGAACACAAUGGACAUAAAGACGAGAACUCUUCACAUGCUUGGAUUGGAGUUGCCCUGAUCAGCGGUUUUAUCCUGAUGUACCUCAUCGAUAAAUUACCCGAUUUCGCAACGCCUUCAAAGCAAGAAAGACCGCCCUACCACAUUUCUCUAGACAAUCUGGGUUCCGGAUUGCGACGCAACCCCUCCCCCUCCAGAGAAGGAGGGUUGUUGGACGCCGGCAGUACCUCUAGUCGAAGCCAUAGCUUUGCGACAACCACCGGUCUCGUCAUCCAUGCGGCAGCUGACGGCAUCGCUCUGGGUGCAUCUACCUCCGAUACCGGGUUGAGUUUUAUCAUCUUCCUGGCUAUUAUGGUGCACAAAGCUCCCGCGUCCUUUGGACUUACAUCGGUGUUGCUCAAGCAGGGCGUGUCGAGUCGGACCGCGAGAGCGCAUCUGGUGGUCUUCAGCCUGGCGGCGCCCUUUGGCGCAUUGGCAACAUUUCUCUUCGUGCGGAUUGUGGGCUCGGGCUCUAGCAGUGACGAGGCAGCCACUUUGUGGAGGACUGGAAUGUUAUUGCUAUUCUCUGCUGGAACUUUCCUUUACGUUGCCAUGCAUACAAUGCAGGAGAACAGCCCGAACUCGGAGUUGCGCGAACUACCAAUGAAUGGAUACGGCGAUUCAAGAGACAUCCCUACUAAAUCCGACAAGUCAAUGCGGGAUCUGGUCGCUUCUGUCAUCGGCAUGAUACUGCCGAUGUUUUUGCAACUCGGUCAUGCUCACUAA